GGAGGGGAGAAGGAGGAGACGGACCUGCUCCUCUGGGACUCGGAUACAGUUUACUGCUAUAGGUGCUAUCACCGGACUCGACUCACAAAACGGUCUUCAGCUGUAAAAUGCAAGAUUAGGCACCGAGCAGCGCCUUGUAGCUGUCAACGAGCAUAUCCACGGUCACGGCUCCGCUUGUUGGAUUUACAGUGAGAGGGGUAAAAAGAAGGAUUCAUGGAGAUUCCGUGUAGUUUAAUCGAGCAAAACGGCUGGAUUAUCUGAUUUGGGACGGGGCAUUGAACAUUUUAAAAACGAACACGGUGUUUCUCUGUUUGGCCACCGCCGUGUCCAACUCUAUAGCCAACGACGUGUUUUUGUUUUUAGCUGGGACAGUAGUUUUCGGAGCUCCGGUCAUGGCGGACCAAGAGGAGACUUUUCCCAUUCAAAGCUCUCCGGGUGGCUCGGAUUCGAGAGAAUUACGGACUGAAAAUAAAUCCGAGAAACCGAACGGGACCUCAAGCAAAUCCCCGUCAUCACAGACAACUUACAUUCAGCAGGGAAUGGAAGGAAUAAAAGUCUACCUGCACGAGAGGGAACUCUGGGUGAAGUUUGACGAAGUGGGGACGGAGAUGAUCAUCACCAAAGCCGGAAGGCGAAUGUUCCCCAGCUUCAAAGUGAAGGUCGCGGGAUUAAAUCCCAAAACGAAAUAUAUACUCCUGAUGGAUGUUGUUCCUGCGGACGACCAUCGAUACAAAUUCGCCGACAAUAAAUGGUCUGUGACCGGGAAGGCAGAGCCCGCGAUGCCCGGCAGGCUAUACGUCCACCCGGACUCUCCCGCCACGGGCGCGCACUGGAUGAGGCAGCUCGUGUCCUUCCAGAAGCUGAAGCUGACCAACAACCACCUGGACCCGUUCGGACACAUCAUACUAAAUUCGAUGCAUAAGUAUCAGCCGAGGAUCCACAUAGUGAAGGCGGAUGAAAAUAACGGUUUUGGUUCCAAAAACACGGCCUUCUGCACUCACGUCUUCCCGGAGACAGCCUUCAUCGCGGUGACGUCCUAUCAGAACCAUAAGAUAACCCAGCUGAAGAUAGAGAACAACCCGUUUGCAAAAGGCUUUCGUGGAAGUGAUGACAUGGAGCUGCACCGGUUGUCCAGGAUGCAAAGUACCAAGGAGUAUCCAGUAGUGCCACGCAGUGCAGUGCGUCAGAGGGUGGGCUCCAGCCAGAGCCCGUUCAGCGGGGAGGUCCAGGGCCUGGCCACCCCGAGCACCCUGAGCUCCCAGUACUCCCAGUGUGAGAGCGGGGUGACGAGCACCUCGCAGGACCUGCUGCCUCAGUCAGGCUCCUACCCUCUGCCUCAUGAGCACGGCCCGGAGUACCACUGCAUCAAGAGGAAAGUGGAGGAUGACUGCCACUCAGGUGAGCACAGCUAUAAGAAGGCCUAUCCGGAGAGCUCGUCCAGUGAGGAGGACCAUUACUACCGUCCCGUUGGCUACCCCCAGGGCCUCGGCCUGGCGGGCGGGCCCUACCGCAGCGAGUCUAGCCAGCGGCAGGCCUGUAUGUACGCCAGCGCCUCACAGGGGGCUGAGCCAGUUCCUAGUUUGGAGGACAUCAGCUGCAACACAUGGGCCAGCGUUUCACCCUAUGGGAGCUGCUCUGUCACCACCAUGCAGCCAAUGGACCGGCUGCCCUACCAGCACUUCUCCGCCCACUUCACCUCAGGGUCUCUGGUGUCCAGACUUGGCGGGGUAGGGGGCCACGCCUCUCCGCAGCUGGGCGAUGGCCACCACCCUGCCAUGUACCAGAGCUCCAUGACCCACCAGACUCUGGGCCGCCAGUGCAGUCCUGGGGCUGGGAUCCAGUCUCCAGCAGCGGGCCUACAGGGAAACGAGUACCUCUACACACACGGCAUACCACGUACACUAUCACCACACCAGUACCACACUGUGCACAGUGUCAGCAUCAUGCCAGAGUGGAAUGAGAACAGCUAAAAGAGCUUUUAUACACACUUAGAUAUCAAUAUUACAAAGGAAAAGAAACUAAGAAGGACCAAAAUAAGGCAUGGUUUAGAUGAAGGUAUAUUUAUAUUUUUAGAGGAUUUGUUGCUGAUCAUCUUAAUUAGAUCAGUGUUGGUUCACUGACGACAAUGGAUAUUGGUGAGAUGGUGUUGAAGUAGGAAAGCAAGCAUCUUAUCACUUAUGUUGUUGUGACAGAAUCUGCACUUAUGAACAAAUAUCAUGAACAUGAACAAAGAGGAGCUGGACCAGAACAUAACUGCGCAAGUGCAGAGAAAGUGAACACCGUGGGAAUCAAACACUGAUCAGAAGAAUAAAACUGCUUCAGAUGCAAAGCUAGAGGUCCCCGUUUCACGGUGUUCAUUAGCUGUGUUGUUUCUUGGAUGUACAAGACUCUUGUUUUGUAUUCAUGUUCCAAAACUGUCUAAAAAAAUAGAAAGAAGGAAAAAAAGGAUAUUUGUCUACUGCCACAUUAUCCAGAGUUCUCAUUUUCUUUUAAGUUUAACAACGUACUUUGUAGUUUAAAAAGGAAAAAGCAGAUGGGAGUUUUUGUUGUGGCUCUUUGUUGGGUUUGCUUGCUCUUAAAUAUGUCCUGUUGCUGGGUACAUUUACAUGAACAUCAAGAAUUUGGCGUGAAUGCCGUUAUGAGACACAUGACCAUAAAAAUCACAAGUAAGACAGCACUUCCAUUAAAUAGUUUAUUCAGACAUUUUGUGCAGACACCCUUUCUUAAUGUUUAAACUGGCCACAAGCACAUUUAUAACCAAGCACUAAUGAGCUAUAAGAUGAAGCAAUGUCACAUUAAAGAAUAGAUCUGGAUUUUUAACCUGGACCUUAGUUUUCCAGUUUUUGUCAUCAUAUCCGCAACUAAAUUAGCUAUCUGAAAUCGUGAUAAAAAAUGUAUUUUCACAUUGUAACGUGACCUGCCUACAGCAACUCCUAUUAACCUCCAGGUAUAUUACUAAUACAAUAACGCCCAUUUAAAAAAAUUCUUUUUGGUUGAUUUGAGAUUGAUACGUACAUAUUACUUUUGGAUGUGUACAUUUCAACAAGUACACAAAAAUGUUGCAGCAGAUAUUGUCUUGUUCCUCCAAAAUGGAAGGACAUUUGACUUUAGACUCAUCAUAUGUCCAGAAACACUAGAGUUUCUCUGCGUCUUCUGGAUGUGAAACAAGGCAAUUGGUUGCUAUCGCAGUAGACUUUAUAAGGUGGUAAUGUGUCAGAGCUUUGGGUUUGUCACCUUGUUGUGGUGUUCUUCUGCCCUCAAGUGGCCAACAAAUCAUUAAUGCAGCUUUAAUUGUUGUAAUUAUGUGAUCACCGCUACAUAAAGAUUAGCAAUUGGAGCGUGGUUGCCAUUAAGUUGAAUGGGAAUGUCUUUCAGUUUGGGUCAAGAUGUUUUUUACUGCCACUAUAAAUCCUCUGUUUCAGCUGCCGAACAUCAUAUCAGUUUUUUUAGAGCUUUUGGUACUUUGCAUUACAGUAUAGCGAGAAUUUAUUGAAAUGGGGAACAUCUAACAUAAGUAAUAAGUCGUAGAGUACAGGCUUAUGACAUUGUGUCAUCAAAAGUAAUAUGGAAAAAUGACACUACUUGUAUUUUCUUACAGCCAUUGUUCGAAUCUACAAAAAAAUGAUUGCACUCAACAAAUAGUCAACAAAAAUAAAAAAAGACAUGGGGUUUUUAUUACCGGCAAUGAUUUGACUAAUGCAACACAUUAAAAUGAUUAUGUUGCAAUCACAAGCAACACAUGUGGUUUCAACUUAGUGUGUGUGUGAUCUCUGUGGUUAAUCCAUGCAAUUAUCUUUGACCUUUUCAAGAAAAUCUGUUCUGAGUUUCAAAAAUAUAUAUAUUUUAUUUGAUAAAACACUCAAUUGACAACUGACAUCUUUGCAGUAUUACAUUAAAAAAAAAUGUGCAUGUAAAAUAAUAUAAAUAUCAAUCUCUCUUUAUGACAUAACAACCAUGUUCCAAUUGUUUGUUUCAUUUCGUACCAUGCUUUGAUUGUGUGUGCUCUAAAAUAAUUGUAAUCAUCCCCAAAAUGGCACUCUGACAAUCAAACUAAUUCAUUAUGCGUCACACAGAAUGUCAAUAUGAAAAUGCAAACAUGUAUUUGAUACACAUUAUGAAGCAAUGGGCAGUCUCACCAAACAAAUGAGUGUAUGUUAGAGGUAUGUUUUACAUGUGGAAAAAGGCAGAUGUUUUAUUGCAUAUAGUUGAAAGAAUACUAUUUAUUGAUAGUGUGUCAACUAUGUCAAUCAGCUUGCUCCUGAAUGUAUCAAAGAUAGAUGGUCCACUUUCUUUUUUUAAGCCUGUUUUUUAUGAUUGUUUAUAGGAUUUUCUAAUCAUACUUAAAUAGAAAUCAGGAGAUUACUAUACAGCUGUCAAUAUAAGAUUGAAACACAUGGAUAACAUUGUAAAUACAAAUGUACAUAACAGAA